ACGUAGCUAAUUAGCAGGCUGAGGAGAAAGCGCAAACCCGGAGGGGAAAAAUUAAAAACAGCGCAGUUAUGAGCAGCCAGAGCUCCAGGAACGAGACGACAGCCGCUGUUAACGGCCCCGACCCGGCGGCGGCGGCGGCGAGCUCCCGGGAGCGGAAACACGGCGGCGGGGUGGUGAAGAGGCUGAAGUCCCGGCGGAGCGCGGCGGAGCGGCGGCCCGUCACCGAGGACGAGCUGCGGGCUUCCGGCAGAGCCAUCAGCCCCGAGGACGCGCUCGCGCUCCGCACCGUGACGCGCGACUACCUGUGCAAACCCGAGGACAACGUCUACAACAUCGACUUCACACGCUUCAAGAUCCGAGACCUGGAGACGGGCACCGUGCUGUUCGAGAUCGCCAAACCUCCUCACUGCGAUGCUGAUGAUGAAGAUGAAGAAAAUGUUGAUGGAGACACGAGUACUGGCCGAUUUGUUCGCUAUCAGUUCACACCAGCAUUUCUUAAACUUCGUACAGUUGGAGCCACCGUGGAGUUUACAGUCGGAGAUCGGCCCGUAAAUAAUUUCCGGAUGAUCGAGCGUCAUUAUUUUCAGGAGCGUCUGCUGAAGAACUUUGACUUUGAUUUUGGCUUCUGCAUACCAAACAGCCGCAACACGUGUGAGCACAUCUACGAAUUCCCUCAGCUCCCGGAUGAGCUCAUCCGUCAGAUGGUGGAUCAUCCGUAUGAGACUCGCUCAGACAGCUUCUACUUCGUGGAUAACAAACUGAUCAUGCACAACAAAGCAGACUACGCUUACAACGGGGGACAAUGAUGCUGCUGAGCCACGACCAGGUCACGCUGUGUGUGUGUGUGUGUGUGUGUGUGUGUGUGUGUGUGUGUGUGAGAGAGAGAGAGUUCCAUUCCUUCACAACCAUAAUCACACCUCAUGGACUUCCGAUGAAGAAAAGAUCUCUUUCCUAUUAUUAUUAUUAUUAUUAUUAUAAAACUCAUUCCUUUUGAUAAUUUCAUAAUUGUUCCUGAUGUUUCGUUCCAUCUGUUGAUUAUAAACAUUGUGGGGUUUUUCCCCCAAAAGUGAACAAAAUCUCUACAACCUACCAGUCAGUGAAUAGAGACAUUAUAAUACACUACACACAGAAGGUGUUGAUUAAUUCUCUGUAACAGCAGCCAUGAAUCACAGGUUAAACAGGUUCAUAUUUAUCGCUCGUUUCCAUAGUAACGGCUCAUUCACGGGGCGUGUACAGCGGACGCUCUGCUAAUAAUAAACAGAUUAAAUAAUUGUUGAUGUGGUGAAGUUUCCUGUCAGGUGUGUGUGUGUGUGAGAGAGAGAGAAAUGUUUCUGGAAGGAGUCUCCAGUGUCAGCGCUGUGUAACAGUCAGAGGUGAAGCUGGAAGUUCACAUUUUCCGACAUCUUCAGGACAGAGUUUAGACUGUGUUUUUGUUGUAUAAAAAGAGAGACUGAUGAGGGGAAAGACCGUUUAUAGCUGCUAUAAUAAGUGAGAACAAGAAUGAACAUGUUUCACUGAUGUCCUACAGCGUUAAAUGUAACUAUAAACGGAUAAGUGUACAAUCUGGAGUUCUUUAAUGAGUAUAAAUUGCAGUCUCUGGCAAAUUGCGUACGCAUCACUGAGUAACAUUGUUUAUUUACAUCUUUAUAACUUUAAAUUUUAGAUAAGCAUUAACAUUAACGAUUCCAGGCUGUAAUCACGGACUCGUCACCAAUGCUGGUUUACGGUUAUAGCUUGUUUACUUUGCAUUAAAGCAGCGAUGUGUAACGUUCAGCACCCUCUGCUGUGUGUAAGGUGAAUUACAGGUGUGGUUAAAAAUACUGAAGUUUUAAAUUUUCUUUAACCAUAUCAUUCCUUCCAUAAUGCCCUUUAAGGAAAAAGGGGUGUGGCUGAGCUGAUCUGCUUCAUCUAGAGGCGAAGCUUUUGGAAGCAAAACUAAACCAAAAUGCGAUUCUGCUUCAAUUAUUUUUCAGCGUCUCUAUAAUUGUGAUUAUUUCAAGUUGAUAAACGUUUACAUUUUAAAAUAUGCAAAAGAAAUUUUUUAUAAUUUUGGUAUUUAAAUCAUUUUGCCUUUUUUCUCCUGAAUGAGAAGGAAAAACCCUCCACCACAUUAACGACUGUAGGGUUUAAUACAGUUCUAUAGUUUCUGCUCAGAAAUAAAGUGGAAGUGGCGCCACCUGGUGUUCAACCUUGAAAUUAUUAAUUGAACAAUGUUCUUUAAGACGAACUGACUAAAUAAAUACAUUAUUUUUAUUUCUUCAUUUAACUGAAUAAAUGAAGAAAUAAAAAUGUGUUACUCUUUGGACAUAUUUCAUGCGAGUCGUAAGUAAUGGCACCUCAUCUCUUGGCUGUUGAAUGAAACAUGUAUGGUGUGUGUUAGAAGAAACCUUUAUUCGUCACAUGCACACUUCAAGCACAGUGAAAUUCAUUCUCUGCAUUUAACCCAUCUGAAGCAGUGAAAACACACACACACACACCCAGAGCAGUGGGCAGCCACACCGGAGCACCCGGGGAGCAGUCAGGGGUUCGGUACCUCGCUCAAGGGCACUUCAGCCCAAGGCCGCCUCAUGUCAACCUAACUGCAUGUCUUUGGACUGUGGGGGAAACCGGAGCACCCGGAGGAAACCCACGCGGACACGGGGAGAACAUGCAAACUCCACACAGAAAGGCCCUCGCUGGCCACGGGGCUUGAACCCGGAACCUUCUUACUGUGAGGCAACCGUGCUAACCACUACACCACCGUGCCGCCCGGUGUGUUAUAACUGUUCUGUAUUCGUCUGGUUUCUGGCACAGUGAUAAGAAAAUUACAUUUUUAAUAAAAUCUGAGGUGUGAUUGAAUAAAUAGCGUCAUUCCAGGAUGCAAAGUAAAGAUGAUGACGAUCCCGAAGUCAGAGAGAAACAAUCAUCUGGAACGUCAUUAACACUGUGUGUGUGUGUGUGAGCGAGAAAGGAGUGUGUUACUGUCUGAAUGACGGAUAUACGACCCCCUGAGAGGUGUGUGUGUGCGUGCACGCACGCACACUCCAUGUGUGUCUGAUUUGUCUGAGUGUCCUUACCAUCACACACACCUGUCUCUGUCUUUCAGCAGUGUUCAGUUUGUGUCUAAUGCAGAAGAUUUACUGAAACACAGGAAAAACUUUGUCCCAUCUGAAAUAUUACACAGUUUGCCCUUUUCUUUUUUAUUUUCUUUCACCGGGAAAUCACUGAUGAUCAUCAUGGACAAUUUAUCACAAUAUUGUAUAGUCAGAUUUAUUAUUAUUAUUAUUAUUAUUAUUAUUGUAGACAUGGGCUUCAUUUAUGAUUAAAAACGUUUUAAAAAAUGCUGAACAGAUAAACAAGAUAUUUUAAAUCUAAUGAGUUUCGUAAAUGGAGAUGACCUUCUGAUGUUUAUCAUGAUGGAAAAAUGAAAUCUUUUGACCAUUUGUGAUAUAAAAACUGAUUGAUUAUUAGUCUCUUCUUGCUAAUUUUCAGAUUUAGAUUUUAAUUUAGUGAUGUGAAAACAGUGCAUCCAAAAUUUGUAGCUUUAGGAAUCUCAGAUCAGAUAUUUGUUCCGUCCACUGCAUUGUGAUUGGUUCAUGAUGAUGAUGAUGAUUGAAUAUUGUGAUAUUUUGUGCACCUGAUUUUCUGUGUGUAUUUAUUAAAGUCCCAGUGUCUGAAUGUGAUUACUAUAAAUUCAUAAUCUGUUAAAUAAUUUUUUCCUGAUGUUGAAUGUUUUAAUCCUGAUGUGACUGAAUGAGGUGUAAUGAAGCCACUUUAUUUGUAUUUUUUUAUGUUUUAUAAAGAAACCCCUAUGAUGUUUGGUUGCCAUGGCGCCCAAUGAGAAGCUGAGUCACAUUUUAAUCCAGUAGAGAAACUGGUUGUUUGUGUUACUGAUUUCUGUACAGUGUGUUCAACUGGAAACAUUUCUUACUUUAUUUUAUUUUGUGCUACUGUUUUUCAUGAUGAUGAAGCCUGUAUCAGGACUGAACUGAAAAUAUCACAAAAUCCCAGUGAAGAAAAUGAACAAAUGAAAUUCUACACUCCAAACAUCUUUUGUUAACAAAGACAAAUUGCUCAGAUUACAGAUGAAUGGUGUGUGUGAGAUGUUUUCAGGGUCACAUGUUAAUGAUUAGAUGUGAGAUUCUGGACCAUUUGACUUACAGAAGAUCAGAUUGUGAGCUGGACUGGGGGGGAAAGACACAACUCUUUUUCUAAAGUUUUGUCAGACUGAAGCAAACACCCUUUUUUCUUCAUUAUAGUUUUAAAAAGAUUUUAUUAUAGGUGAGACAGACUUAGAAGUCUGUCGUCAGUUUCCUUCUGUGUGAAUUCUAGUUGUUUCUUAAAAUAAAAUAAAACAUUUCAUUAAGUGAUUUUCUGUCAUGAUUUGACUUGUGCAGAAGUGAAAUGAUAGUUGUGAUUUAUUUAAGCUGCUCUGUGACGAGUUUGUUUUAUUCACUUUUAUUUUCCAUUUUUUUCCAGGUUUAUAAUUUUCUCAAUAAACUACAUCAAUCACUGAA